AUGUCAGAAUACGCACCUCCAGUCGGCCCGCCUCCUCCCAAGGUCCCCGCGGGCUGGAAAGCCGUCUUCAACCAGCAGUACCAAGAAUGGUUCUACGUCAACAUUUACACCAAACAGUCGCAAUGGGACAAACCAACCGAGCCCAUUUACCCUCCUUCCGAAGCAGAAGCUAGCGUGCCACCUCCCGGCCCACCGCCGAGCUACAACCAAGGCGACGCGAAGCCGCUCGGCUCGGAGAAGACAGGCCUGAGCAGCAACAACCCGUACGGUUCCGGCUACGGCGGCGGCGGCGGACAAAGCAGUCACGACAUCAGCGAAGACGAGCGGCUGGCCCGCCAGCUACAGGCCGAGGAGGACGCCCGCGCACACGGCGGCAACUCACCGAUGCCGGGAGGCGACUCGCGCGGCGCCGCCGACAGCUACUAUACCCAGCCAGGCGGCAGUUCCUACAGCCAGCAGCCGCCUGGCUACGGCCAGCAAACGCCGGGCUACGGCUCGCAAGAGCUGCCACCGCGCCCGGACGACAAGGGCAAGAAAGCCGGCGGCGGCUUUCUGGGGAAGCUUCUCGGCAAGGCGAGCGGUUCCAAACCGGGCGGUGGUAGUAGCUACGGCCAGCACGCGCAACCGCAGUACGGCGGGGCCGCCGGCUACCCACCCCAGCAAGGCUACUACCAGGGCCCGCCCCAGGGCCAUUACGGAUACGCGCCGCAGCAGGGUUACUACGGCCAGGGCGGCGGCAUGCCGUACGGCGCAGUCCAGCAAAAGCCAAAGAAGAGCGGCUUGGGUGCUGGCGGAGCGGCCGCGUUAGGUGUCGGCGGUGGCCUGCUCGGUGGUAUGCUGUUGGCGGACGCGAUUGACGAUCACGAUUAUGAGCAGGGUUAUGAGCAAGGUUACGAUGAUGGAAACGAUUUUGGUGGUGGAGAUGACUUCGGUGGAGACUUUUAA